AUGCCAUCAUUUGAGGAAACUUUGACAUGUCCAAUAUGUAUGGAUUUAUUUGAUGAUCCACGUUUAUUACCAUGUUCACAUACAUUCUGUUGUAAAUGUCUUCGUUCAACAAUUAAUAACCAUUUAUCUAUUGUAUGUCCACUCUGUCGAUCACGUUUUAUUGGACAAAUUUUACCUAUAAAUCGAAUUGUUUUAUCACUUGUUGAACAAUUUCGAAAAGACAAAUUAGAUGAUAAUCAAUCGAUUAAUAUUAAUGCGAAAUGUUACGAUUGUAAAUCGUAUCAAAAACUUGAUCUCUGUUGUCAUUGUGAUACAUUAUUAUGUAAUAAAUGUUAUCAUAGACAUGAAAUUGAUUGGAAAAAUCGAGAUUAUAGAAAGAAUAAUUUGCUUUUAUCAAAAGUUACUUGGUUAAAAUUUCAAAUUAAUUUUAAAUUACGUCAUGAAAAACAUUCGGUAUUUAAUGAUAAAUUACAUGAUAUUGAAUAUAAAUUAAGAAAUCAUCAUCA